CCUCAGCCCCUCACGCCUUCAGCCGUGCCCGAGGCCCGGCGCUUGCCGAGCGGGUGGCGCCGCGCCCCUGAGCUGAGGGGCCCCGGCAGGGCCGCGCCGCCCCCGGCUCCCCUCAGCCGCCCCCCGAGGCUCUCCCUCUCCGCCGCCUCCUGAGGGCCGGCCCCGGAACGCCGCUCGCCGCCCGCGUUUCCCGGCGGGGCCCUUCGGAGCCGCACCCGCCCCGGAAAAGCUCCGCGGCCUCAGCCGUGCGGGUGCCGGCGGCGGUCGGGGCCGAGCCGCAGCCAUGGGGAAGCGGCAGCACCAGAAGGACAAGAUGUACAUCACCUGCGCCGAGUACACGCAGUUCUACGGCGGCAAGAAGGCAGACCAUCCACGAACUAAUUUCAGACGUAUAUCAUUUGAUCACUGCAGUUUGUCUCUGCAGCCAUUUGAAUAUCCAGUUUGCACACCAGAUGGGACAGUCUUUGACAUACUGAGCAUUGUUCCUUGGAUAAAGAAAUAUGGAACCAACCCUAUCACAGGAGAAAAACUAGAUGCCAAAUCACUUAUAAAGUUGAAUUUUGCUAAAAACAGUGAAGGUAAAUACCACUGUCCCGUGCUGUUUACUGUAUUCACCAAUAACUCCCAUAUUGUGGCCAUCAAGACAACUGGGAAUGUGUUUGCCUAUGAGGCAGUUGAGCAGCUGAACAUAAAACCAAAGAGCUACAAAGAUCUCUUGACUGAUGAGCCCUUCACUCGGCAAGACAUUGUGACACUGCAGGAUCCAACAAACUUGGAUAAAUUCAAUGUCUCUAACUUCUUUCAUGUUAAGAACAACAUAAAAAUAAUUGAUCCAGAUGAAGAAAAAGCAAAAUUAGAUCCAUCUUACUAUUUGAAAAAUACAAAUGCUGAGACACGAGAGACUUUAUUGGAGCUCUAUAAGGAGUUCAAAGGUGAUGAUAUUCUAGCAGCUACUAUGAAGGCUCCUGAAAAGAAGAAAGUGGAUAAGCUGAAUGCAGCUCACUAUUCCACUGGAGCAGUAAGUGCUUCCUUCACCUCCACUGCAAUGGUGCCUGAAACUACCCAUGAAGCAGCUGCUAUUGAUGAAGAUGUUGUAAGAUACAAAUAUGUGAAGAAGAAGGGCUAUGUACGACUCCACACUAAUAAAGGAGACUUAAACUUGGAGCUACACUGUGACAUGACACCCCGAACGUGUGAAAACUUUAUCAAACUGUGCAAGAAGAACUAUUAUGAUGGAACAAUUUUCCACAGAUCAAUUCGUAAUUUUGUCAUCCAAGGAGGUGAUCCGACUGGAACAGGAACAGGUGGAGAGUCUUACUGGGGAAAACCUUUUAAAGAUGAAUUCAAGCCCAACUUGUCCCAUACAGGACGUGGUGUUCUUAGUAUGGCCAAUUCAGGACCUAACACAAACAAAUCACAGUUCUUUAUCACAUUCCGCUCUUGUGCAUAUCUGGACAAGAAGCAUACAGUGUUUGGAAGAGUGGUCGGUGGUUUUGAGACUCUGACUGCUAUGGAGAAUGUGGAAAGUGACCCAAAAACAGACCGCCCCAAGGAAGAAAUCCGAAUUCAGUCAACGACCGUUUUUGUUGAUCCGUAUGAAGAGGCGGAUGCCCAGGUUGCUGCAGAGAGAGAGAAGGCUCAGCAAGAAGAAGAAGCAGCCAAAACAAAAGCUGAGGUGAUCCCACCAAAGAAAGAGGUCCAGACUCCUAAAACUUACCGUCAGGGGAUUGGAAAAUACAUUAACAUGGCUGCAGCGAAGCGCAGUGUGGAAGAUGACGGGCCCUCAACAAGCACAGCUGCGAAGAAAGAGAAAAAGAGCACAGGCUUCGGGGACUUCAGCUCCUGGUAGCAGCGUGGGGAGCCUAGCACUGGAGCAGCGCAGCAAAAAAGAAGAGGCGGCCUCCCACGUGUCCCUGAAGAGCCCGAAAGACAAUCUGUCCUGGGGAGGGAAGGCACCAGCCUGCCCUUCCACUGGGGAAGAAAACUUGCUUUGUUAAGGGUGAUUAAUGUGGCUUUGUCUUCUGCAGAGCUGCAUUCCCCCAACUGCAUCUUCCUCGAAGGCCUUUUUGUUGUUGUUUUGCUAAGUGGGGAGCAGGCGGCCCAGCUCCGCUGGGAUUAGCUGGAGCCUUUCUCUGCUUGGCUGGCAGCAGACCAGGCAGAGCCCAGCCCUGCAGGACACUGCUUCAGUGAACAGCUACAUUGGUGAAAGAGCUCCUUUUACAGGUAAUCAUUUCCAGACAAGCCGAGUCUGCCAAAUGAAUGAAUGAAUUAAUGUGCUGGGGAAGCGCCUGUGCUGCUGUAGCGCCUUGCGGAGGGGAGGAGAGAGCUCCAGUCUGUCCUGCCCUUCCCUUCUAGCUGCCUUUUGCUUGUUCUCAACAAGGACCAAUUCUGUCUUUCGCUCUCACCUCCUGGGUGGACUCACUGCUGUUGAUCUCCGUAGGGCCUUGCUCACUCCAGAUUGAGCUCUGUCUGCACCCGUCUAACAGCCUGGGAAGCAGCAAGACUGGACAGGGAGCCUGGUGUAACUGCAGCCCUUGCCCCUCCCAGUAGCUGGCCUUGCUGGAGCCACUGGGGAGCCAGAGGGGCCAGGAUGCCCCAGUUCAAACCUGCCCUCCGGUUCCAGAAAAGUCAGCAUGGAGCAAUUGAGUGGGAACAGAAACAAAAUUGCAGCAUUUGUUUUAUUCACCAUCCCCAAAGCCUGCUCCUUGCAGGGGAAUGCAUUUUUUUCUGCUCCAAUAUCAUCCUCUCAUUAUUAGGGAAAACCAUGUAGUGUAGCUCACAGGCAUCUCAGAUACGUUCCUUGCACAGCCACAGAUUAUUAGGAUGCUUAAAAUAAAAAAGGCCUUCUGGGGUACAGAGGUAUCAGCCUGGGAAUUUUUAAUUCAAAACCACGAUGUGUGUUACCAUCAGUUAGAGGUAGUAUACGAGAUCCUGAGCAGUACUUCUCGGCUCAUCUUAGGUGUUUUCAGAUGACAGAAGUAUCCCUACCUAUAUUGGGCUGCGGAGAUAGUUUUGUAAUUACCUCUGUAACCAAUACAUUUAUAUCAGCAGCUCUAUGUUUUAAGAGAAGUCUCCGUUUAUACAAAAUUGCUGUAAAAAAUUUUGGUAAAAGGUUUUGCAUUAAAUGCUUUAUUUUCUUUUGAA